CCCGUCCCGUUCCCCCGGCCGGGGCCGCGGGCGAUGUGAGCGGCGUCGCCCAGGCCCCCCCGGCUCGCUGCCUCCCAUGCCUUCGGGGCCCCCUCGGGGGGCGGCGGCCCCGCGGGAGGCGGGGGCGGCGCUGCCGUGAUGGCCCUGGAGGAGAAGCGGGAGAAGCGACCGCCCGUCACCCCCAUGAUGAUCGAGGAAGAGGCCGCCUUGCGCAACGGCAGCCGGGGGCUGCCUCCGGGCCCCUGGGCCGAGGCGGCGGGGCCGCGACCCCGCACGACGGAGCGGCACAUCGCCGUGCACAAGCGCCUGGUGCUGGGCUUCGCCGUCUCCAUCCUGGCGCUGCUGGCCGUGACCAUGGUGGCCGUGCUGCUCAGCGUCCGCUUCGAGGAGUGCGGCGCCGCCGCCGACGGACCCCCGCGGGCCGCCAACAACGGGAGCCUGCCGGGACCCGCAGCCGGGCAGCCCCGCGGCCGGGCCGAGCCGCGGGAGGAGGCGCGGGGCGGGGAGGAGGCGGCGGAGCAGCAGCAGCAGGAGGAGGAGGAGGAGGAGGAGGAGUGGCAGCGGCGGCGGCAGCUGCCGCCCUGGGCCCGGCCGCGGCUGCCGCGGCACCUGCGGCCGCUGCACUACAACCUGAUGCUGAGCGCCUUCAUGGAGAACUUCACCUUCUGCGGGGAGGUGAACGUGCAGCUGGAGGUGCGCAACGCCAGCCGCUACAUCGUGCUGCACGCCCACCGCAUGCACAUCGAGGCGGUGCGCGUGGCCGAGGACAAGCUGGCGGGCGCCGUGCGGGUGGCACGGUCGUUCCUCUACCCCCAGACCCAGGUCCUGGUCGUCGUCCUCAACCGCAGCCUGGAGGUGCAGCGGAGUUACAACCUCAAGAUCAUCUACAACGCGCUCAUCGAGAACGAGCUGCUCGGCUUCUUCCGCAGCUCCUACGUCCUGCACGGCGAGCGCAGGUUUCUUGGUGUUACGCAGUUUUCUCCUACUCAUGCCAGAAAAGCCUUUCCUUGCUUUGAUGAGCCCAUCUACAAGGCCACUUUCAAAAUCAGCAUCAAGCACCAAGCAACUUAUAUAUCUUUGUCCAACAUGCCAGUUGAAACUUCUGUUUUUGAAGAAGAUGGAUGGGUUACAGAUCACUUUUCACAAACCCCUCUCAUGUCCACAUAUUACCUUGCUUGGGCAGUGUGCAAUUUUACGUACCGGGAAACUGUCACCAAGAGUGGAGUAGUUACACAGGAGGAGCAACGCAGCAUCAGGAUAGCACCACUGUGUAGUGAAUAUGCCUGUUGCAUCAAUGGUCCCCACCUAACUCAUCACCACACUUGGAAGGAGCUUGUUGCAGGCUGUCAGGUACGAUUGUACGCAAGGCCUGAUGCAAUCCGAAGAGGAUCAGGAGACUAUGCCCUAAAUAUUACAAGAAGACUCAUUGAAUUUUAUGAAGAUUAUUUUAAAGUGCCCUAUUCCCUGCCAAAAUUAGAUCUGUUAGCCGUGCCUAAACAUCCCUAUGCUGCUAUGGAGAACUGGGGACUGAGCGUUUUUGUGGAGCAAAGGAUACUACUGGAUCCAAGCAUUUCUUCUAUAUCAUACCUGCUGGAUGUCACCAUGGUCAUUGUACAUGAGCUAUGUCAUCAGUGGUUUGGUGACCUUGUGACUCCAGUUUGGUGGGAGGAUGUGUGGUUGAAAGAGGGUUUUGCUCACUAUUUUGAAUUUAUCGGGACAGACUACCUCUACCCAGGAUGGAACAUGGAAAAGCAGAGAUUUCUGACAGAUGUUCUACAUGAAGUGAUGUUGCUGGAUGGUUUGGCCAGUUCGCAUCCAGUAUCCCAGGAGGUGCAGCAAGCCACAGACAUCGACAGGGUGUUUGACUGGAUCGCAUAUAAAAAGGGUGCAGCCUUAAUUCGAAUGUUGGCUAAUUUUAUGGGUCACUCUGUGUUUCAAAUGGGCUUGCAAGACUAUUUAACCAUUCACAAGUAUGGCAAUGCAGCCAGAAAUGAUCUCUGGAACACACUGUCAAAGGCUUUAAAAAGGGUUGGAAAAUCUGUAAAUAUCCAAGAAGUAAUGGAUCAAUGGACACUACAGAUGGGUUACCCUGUUAUCACCAUCUUGGGAAAUGAAACUACAGACGGUGUCAUAGUCAUCUCCCAGGAGCGUUUUGUUUAUGAUAGUGAUACUAAAACUAAGGAUUCUGGCCUUGGAGACAGCAGCUACUUGUGGCAGAUUCCAUUAACAAUUGCAGUAGGAAAUACGAGCCACAUCUCAUCAGAGGCAAUUAUAUGGGUGUCUAACAAAUCAGAACACCACAGAAUUCCUGCUUUGGAAGAGGCAAGUUGGCUGCUGGGGAACAUCAACCAGACUGGCUACUUCAGAGUUAAUUAUGAUAUUAGGAAUUGGAGGCUGUUGAUUAAUCAGCUGACAAGGAACCAUGAGGUUAUCUCUGUCAGCGAUAGAGCAGGCUUGAUCGAUGAUGCAUUCAAUCUAGCCAGAGCUGGUUAUUUACCUCAGAAUAUUCCUUUGGAGAUUAUCAGAUACCUUUCAGAGGAGAAGGAUUUUCUGCCGUGGCAUGCAGCCAGCCAAGCUCUUUAUCCUCUAGAUAAAUUACUGGACCGCACAGAAAACUACAACGUCUUCAGUGAGUAUAUUUUAAGACAAGUCGCAACAAUGUAUCUCAAGCUUGGAUGGCCAACGAAUAAUUUAAACAAAUCACUUGUUCAAGCAUCCUACCAACAUGAAGAGUUGCGUCGGGAAGUCAUCAUGUUGGCCUGCAGCUUUGGUAACAAACACUGUCACCAGCAGGCUGCAACAUUAAUUUCGGAUUGGAUUUCUAGCAAUAGAAACCGAAUCCCACUUAACGUGAGAGACAUUGUCUACUGUACAGGAGUUUCACUGAUGGAUGAAGAUGUAUGGGAGUUCAUUUGGAUGAAAUUUCAUUCCACAAUAGCAGUGUCGGAGAAGAAAAUAUUAUUAGAAGCUUUAACUUGCAGUGAUGACAGAAAUUUGCUUAACAGACUUUUGAAUUUGUCUCUCAACUCAGAAGUUGUCCUGGACCAGGAUGCAAUUGAUGUGAUAAUCCAUGUAGCUCGAAAUCCACAUGGAAGGGAUCUUGCUUGGAAGUUUUUCAGAGAAAAAUGGAAAAUAUUAAAUGCCAGGUAUGGAGAAGCAUUAUUCAUGAAUUCGAAGCUUAUCAGUGGAGUCACAGAGUUCCUCAAUACCGAAGAAGAACUAAGAGAGCUAAAGAACUUUAUAAAGAGUUAUGAGGAGGGAGCUGCUGCCUCUUUCUCUCGUGCUGUGGAAACAGUGGAAGCCAAUGUGCGGUGGCAAAGACUUUAUAAGGAAGAACUAUUCCAGUGGUUAAGAAAAUCCUUGACACACUAAUCUGUCUUUCCAGCUGAACUUUUAACCAGAAGCUCUACAAAAGGAAAAGGAGAAGUUUAAGAAGUGUUCAGCAUUAAAAUCAUGAAGAAAAGAUCAUUUUGGAGGGAGUUUUCUUUUUCCUUUUUCUUAAUUAUGGGUUGCUUUUUUUACACUGGGUUCUUGUGAAAUUGUUAAGAAGCUUUUCAGAAGAGAGGGUCGUGAAUGCUUGUGAAAUCUGAUCCUCAGUGUACACAGCCAAACAUGAUAUUAAGUGGUGCAUGUAAACGUUGAAGAAAAACUAGCAAACAAAAACCCUUCGAAGACUAUUUUGUGCAUGCUUGUACUGUCUCUGCCUGUAUUCUAGCAUGCUUAUGUAUAACAGCCACAUUUUGUAUGUGAAUUCCAGUUACAUCAAAGAUGGGCAUUAUACAAAGCACAAAGACUAAUCUACGACAAUCAGUGUUGCAAUGAACAAAAGGAAGGGAAGGGAAGGAAGAAGAAAUGCAGAAGGAUUCCAGCAUAGGGCAGUAUGAGAUAUAAAUUCAGCUUACCCUCUAGCUGCCAGUUAGUCCACCACUUAAUUGUCUUUUGAUCGUUACAAAGGUUCCAGCUCAUUUUUUGAGUUGCCAGUUGUUGUAGCUGCAGUUUCCGUAUUCCCGUGUUUAAAUUAUCAUCUUGGAGGGGAAGAGAGAGAGAAAAUGAGAGAGAAGGACAUCAUACAUGCACUAAAAUUAUGAGUUUAUUCACUGCUUAUCAGUGAAACCGUGUAACUUCAGCUGUGAACAUAGUCAGUGUUUAUGAGGAGAACUUUGCAUUGAUUUUAUAGAAUCCAUGAAUCACUUCUUCUGAGCAAAUUUACAAGGCAGUGAUAUUCAUGAUGGGUCACCUAACCUGUGCAGUAAUAACUUAUGCAGCUGAUAAUGUACAAAUAUUAUAAGUAGACAUAGAAUUUAAAUGGGAAUUAGAAAAAGAGGAGAAUAUCUUCCAUUCAAAGACACGAAAUUAACCAACAGAUGUCUUGCAUGCAGUAGACCAGCCUCAGUAAUGAUUUACUAUGAUAGACAAAUCAUACUGUCCAUGUGCACAAUGUUUUUGCAAAUAUGGGUUGUGCCAUUUAUGCCAACUUAGAAAACUGAAAUAUGGAGAAGGAAGUGUGUGUGUGUGUGCAUAUGUAUUUGUAUAGGAUAAUACCACAAACAUUGUUUUUCUCUUUCCUUGUAUUUCACAUAGCUGUGUUCUAAAUGAGCGAUAUUUUUCUAAAUUGCUUGUUUCUUUUUUCUCAGUUUUUAAUCUGAGCAAUCAGUGAUGCAGUAGAAAUGUUAGUUGUACAAUGCCCAUCUGCACCAUUGGUGCUAUUCAAUAAGGAUAAAACUGAUUCAUCUUAGGGUCAAAUGCUCUCCUCUGCACGAUGGAGGAAGACAAACGAAAAAUAAUAAAACUGCCGAGUCUACAGGUUGCAGCAAUUUCAGAGGGUGGUUAUAGAUGUACGGAAGUGUUUCUUUAUCCCAGCCCAUCUUGACCAUCUGAUCACUUCUUUGCCUGUACACUGGAAACAUGUGGUCAGAAAAAUUAGAGGACGCACAUUUUAUCUUGCUGUUUCCUUCACAGGGCACGGAAAUUAUCAAAAUGCUUUACACUGUCAGUUUUUUAUCUCAAGUGAGUUGUUUGUGAAUUAUUAGUGCAUAAAAGAACCAAAACCCAGCAUCUUCAGUUAUUAUCAGAGUUGUGUGGAGACAGUAUUGGAGACAGUAUUGAUUUCUGGGCUCUCAUUCCCAUGGCACUCUCUCCCUCAAGAACUGGUAAAUAUCUCAUAACUAAGCUGUCCUACCACUAUCAUGGGCAUGCAUUUGGGGCCUCUUAUUUUGUGUUUGUUAGUAUGUGGAGGGUACUGUUUGUGGACUGAGCGCAUGAAGUGCUUGGGUGGUCAUCUGCUCCACUGUUUGGUACAUGUUAGCUUGACCACGUAUAACCAAAAGAAGGGAUAAUCCUAUGCUUUUGUACUGUUAAUUCUUUGCCUUAUAGUAAUCCCUAAACCUCUGUGCUGUGUUGCAGUACUAGUGAACCUAGUGCCCAGAGGCAUUAUCGUGUCCAUGUUGAAUGAAAUCCUCCUCCUUCUCCUAUGUAUUUUACCUACCUCACAGGGAUGUUGUGAGGCUUGACUAAUGUUAGAGAAGCGCUUGAAUAUCCUCUAAGGAAAGGCAUUUAAAAGUGCAAAGUGUUAUUUUAUGUGGUUGACCAAACUCAGCCUCAAUGCCACUAUGUAGUGUCACAUUUUUAAUUUCUACUGAAUGAAAUCAUAUGCGGAUUUGCUAUUAUAAAAAAGCAAGCCAAAUAUUCUUUAUAUUUGUAAUGAAGCCCAAAGUUAUAAUAUCCAAAGAGUGUGCAGAAAGCCAAGCCCUCAAACAUGAAUUACUUUGGGGAUUUCAGAGAAAAGAAAGGUGAAUAAUGGUUUGCCCACUUCAAAUUCUGUUCAAGAUCGUCUUUGAUGACUUUUGUUUUUCAUCAACACAGAUUAAACCACAUACCUCCAGGCUGCACAUAGAAGUUUUUGGCCUUUCCACUGAUAAAGGGCAAACUAACAAUAUGUUUCAAGGUUGAAAAUUUAAUUCAGCCGGUGUGUUCUGCACAGUGCACAGAAAUUUCCAUUGUUGUUCAUAAGAAUUUAAGUUCUUGCACAUUUGUCUGAUUUUGGAUGUAAAUUAAUAUUGUAGUGGCCUUGAGCAACUGGUCUGCCACAAAUUUUAAGCCCUACACAUGUCUAUUAUACGUACCUAUUGAUGUAUUGCUCAUAUUUUUUGUAUUAUAAAAAUGUUUGUAUUACACUCUAAUUAAGGUUGAGUUAGUCUUUCCAUUGUAAUUCUCUAUUCUUUUUAUUUUUAUAUUUUUUAUUUGUGCUGUUUCACACUGAAUCAGGCUGAAAUUUAAAUGGACUAAAUCCAACAAAAUUAUAGCUGUUUUUUACAGUAUUCAAUCCCCCUGCAUUUAAUUAUAUGUUUUAAGAAUUUGUUUAUAAGAAGUUCCACACAGCUAUAUGUUAAAAGGAUAGUUGAUACCUCAUGAGAAACUCUAAUAGAGUCUUCUUAAAAAAAAAAACUAUUUAUCUGAUUGAUAUUUUUUCUCCUUUAGCAGUCCUUUUCUUCUGUUGUCCUCAUUUAAGGAUGGGCCCAUUUUUAUAAUUUGGAUUAGGAUUAGUAAACCAAAUACCCCCGAACUUUUUAGCAUUUUCAAAUAUAGUAAUUAAAAUUGUUCUUGUUAGUAAGAGGAGAUGCUGCGAAAUGUAAAACCAGUGUGGAUGUGGGCCUAAGAACAGACACAAUUUUAUGCUGUCAUAAUAAUGUGGCAACCUAUUGUAUUUUUAUGACACCGUCCACUACAAAAAUUCUCAACCUAUUACUUUGUAGCUGGUAGAAAUAAUAUUCUUAUGUCCUCUGCUGACAGCUAUUAAAACGAUAGUUGCUGCUAAUUGUGACUAGAGCAGAACAAUGAGGAAACUUGCUUCUGAAAUGAAAUGUCACUUCUACCAUUACUGGGAGUACUUGAACAUUAAGUUUGACUGAUUUAGAUGAAAAAACUUCAUAUGUCAUUAAGUUCUUCCAAAUUUGUGACCUUUGAUGAACUUUUCAGUGAAUACAGCAAGAAUUCUGAUACUAUGAUAGGAACUGCAGGUAAAUUUUAUGUAGCUUUUUGGCUGUUGUGGAUAUUUCACUGGGCUUUAGGGUGUCAAAGAAAAUAUCACCACUGAUGCAGAGAGGAGUUUUCAAGCAAGGAUCUCGAACCAUAUAACUAAACCUAAAUCUAAGUAGCAAAAAAUAAAAGACGAAAAUGUCAUAUGUACAUACGUAUAUGUGUGUGAAAAGUCCUCUGUAGAGAUAAUUUUCCCAUAAAAUGUCAGUCAGUCUGAUUCUUUGGAUAGAAUGGAGUGGAUAUCUGAUGAUGAGGGUGGCUUUGUUUAAUUACCUGUGUAAUAAGGUCUUGGUUUUCCGCAUGACCAUAGCCAAUACUGCAGUCAAGAAAAACAGACUUUGAGACAAAUGUGGAACUUCUUCUUUCAGGAAAAGCAAUGUGGCUUUGGAAACUGUUUAUGUGUAUAGUCACUCUACCACCACUUCUGUCAUGAGGCCUCCUGUCCUAAAACAAGGCUUAUAGCCACAGUGUCAGUAUGAGCACGAAGGUGUAAAAGCACUGUCCUUCUGCAGCCUGAAUGCAGGCUGUUCUCCCAGCCUUAGGUGGAGCAGUCUGAAAACUGCAGGCUGUGUUAUCCACUGCCUGUGAGCCCGCCUGCAUCAGGAGGGCAGCUGGAGUGCAAGGAAUCUCCAUCCAAGUUUCUGUCAGCUAGAUAUCAGAGACAAGAAGGUCUCUGCUGGCUAUAGGUUGUGGAUGGUCUUCGGAGAUUAGCAUCGUUGCCUUGUGUGACCUUGGAAACAGGUCCAGCUGGUGAGUCUGCAUUGCACUGAAAAAUCCAAAUCCCUGCACUGCAGUCACCGCAACUGGAAACUGUUGACCAAAAUCUUUGUAAAGGCAUCAAAUAUUGUAGUGUCUGUUGUUUAGAAGUAAUUUCAAACAUACAUAUGUUCAAACAUACAAUAUAAUUAAAAAUACAUUAAAUUUUCAAAUAUGCAUAGGAAUGCAGACAGUCCAUAUGAUAUUUUUUGUUAAUGUUGAGAAUGUGCCAUGAGCUCAGGCCAUUUUCUAACAAAGGGUUUGGAAGCAUGUCACUACAAAUUCUUUGUGCUAGUAAUAGUACUUACUGUACUAAUACCACCAAAAAAUUCAGGUGUCUGUACACACCUGUAUGGCACUGGUGUCUGUGCAGUUCCCUUUCUACAUGUAAAACUGUAAAAAAAAUGAGCCAUUUUGUUUUUCAUGCAACUAUGGGAGCUUCUGCCUAUCUUCAGACCAGUACUGAAAUCCAGUAAAACCACUCUGACUUGAGCGAGCAGUCCCUGCUGACUUGAGGAAUUUAUUUUUCAAAGAGAAGGAAGGAGAGGAAGGGACUGCUCUGCAUGAAGCUUUUUUACUGAAGUAAGGCCAUAUGCCCUGGUUGGAGCAGAAUUUUAAUGUCAAGUAUAUUUUGAAUAAUCUGGUGGAACUGAAGUCCAUCUUGUGUCUUCAUGCUGGCAGUGGAGGGCAGCUUCACCUCAGAAUACCCUACGUUGUAAUCCACUUGAGGUCGGAUUCUAUAAAACACUUUCUGUGUGGAAUGGUUUCAGGGAGACCUUUUGUUUAUGGAGAACCACCCACACACACAAGUGCUGUGGAUUCAGACCUGGUGUCCUUUCUCAGAAAACAGCAUUUAUACUUCGCUGAUUUGUACGGAGUGAUAUAAGUGUGGAGUGGUAAAGAAGUACUCCUGAAUACUUUGCUUAUUUUACGUACACUGAUUGCUAAGGAGUGAUGUUGGUGAAGAGCAUGCAGGUGGGCAGCACUGUAAGAGUAUGGGGUGCAGCAGGAGCUCUGAGCCAGAAGGCCCCACCAUUUCCUGCUCAGCAUCACGUGGGUUCGCCCAAUAAGGAUGUCGCUGGUGCAAUGAAGGAGGCCUAGAACUGAGAUGCAGUCUCUGUUCUGCGCAGUCUUUUUCAAUACAGCUAAUUUGUUCAUCUCUGUAAUUUCAAAAUGAAAUUCUCGCUGAACUGACAGCACACGUGUGGCUACGGCUCCCUCAGACAGUGCAGCGUGAGAUAGAUCCCUUGAAGUGACUGAUGUGAAUUGCAGCUGAGGAUCUAACCCAUUGCUGUCAGAGCAGCCCUGAGGUGCCUGCUGGGCUGGUGUACAGACUGGUUCACGUGUUUGUAUGUACGUUUCAGUAGCAUGUAUUUAAUGACAGAUUUUUUUGUUUUCCUUUUGCUUUUUUGUUAGAGUAAUACUUUGUGAUUGAUUCCAGUGUGAUAAAGCUUCAUAAUAAUAUGUUUGGAGAACUGUACUGUGAAGAGUGUGGUGACGACCCUCUCUUUUUCCUGCUAACAGUAGAUUUCAGCAACAAUUAAGUUCCCUGGACUUUCUGUGGAAAAAUAUUCUGAGCAGUUCCUAAUGGAAACAUCAUUGUAAUUACUGUAUAACUACCCUGUACAAAGACAGCUUUAUUAUAUGUGUAAAUGUAAUUUUGCUAUGUUGUUUUUAUGUUUGAGGGACAAUAGACUUUGGUGUGGAUGAGACGUACAGCCUUAUAAAAACAGAGAUUGCAGCUCCUGUCUGAUGUUUUACUGAAAGGUGUUUGGUUGCUCUAUUUUUGCAGAAGAUAAACAUAUACAUAAACUCUUUCCCUGAGAAGUAAUGAUCUAUUCCACUACAUAUACUACAAUGACAUAAUGGACUAUAAUAUUGAAAAUAAAGGCUUGAUAAUAAAUUGCACUUUUUCCCAAGAGACUCCACAGGUAAGAUCUUUUGACACCUUAAGAAGAAAGAAUAAGUCCAGCAGCUAUUAAUGCUGCUUAUAAUGGAUGAAUCCCUCUAUUAAUUCUGUCUCAGCCUUAGAUUAAUUCUGAAUACAGUAAUUAAAAGAACAUAUUUUUCCAUCACUUCUCAAAUCUGUACUCUUAUGGAAUUCAGUUCUUUGUCAAUUAAGAGGUGGAGCUGGCUCAGUUGAGAUACAAUUCACUGAUGGUUUCACACAAACAAGUUUUUGCAAGAUCAGAAUGCCGUUUACAGGCAACACAGAUCAUUGCAUUAUGUCAUUUUCGUCUCUAUGUACCAGUUAUACAUGCAUGUAUAGCUUCUAAUUCUGGACCAUUUGCUUUGGCAAAGCUUUCAUGACUAGUUCAUACUUAGACCUCUCACUCAAAAGUUUCAGCUCAGCAAAGCAGUUGACCACAACUCAGCCACGUGUGUAGGCAGGUAGGCAGUCCCCCUGAUUUCUGUGGAGUUAAUCAUGUGGUUCAAAUUAUGUAACGUUGGCAAGUGAUCUAGUCACUGGUUUCAUGCACAGAAUAUAGUGAUGUGGUUUUGCUCAGUUUAGAGUCACAAGUUUCUUUUUAUUGAGCCAGCUGCUUUUCUGUCUUUUCAUUUUUAUAGGAAAACAUGUGUUUUGCAUAUAAAGAGGAGAUAUUAACUGAUUCUCAGUUAUCUAAAAAUGCCAAUUUUAAUAGGGUUUUUCAUUUACUGUUUGAAACAUCCUAGGAUUUGGGAAUAUGAACAAAAUUAUUCUUGCAAUGUUAGUUAAUACAACACUAAUCAGCAAGUUAAACCACUAACAAGAUAAAAUAUAUGAAUUUAUGUUACAGUUUACCAGAAGAGUGUUUUUCUAUGAUAUGCCUUCAAAAAUGACUCCAUAAAUAUGAGACCAGAAUGUGUUCAACAUAAAAUUUUAUUCCAAACCAAGAACUGACUAAAUGGAUUUUUUUUUUUAAAUGAGAAGCUUUAUCUUCUGUAUUUUAAGCAGAACAAAUUUGAAUUUUGUCUCUGAUAAUAAAAUUUUGUACAGUAA